CACCUUUUGUCUUACUUGGAUGUGAACAUUUUUAUGAUGGCCCAACCACUUCGUGUGAAGAACAAAGGAAAUUCAGUGGAAAGCGUAACUCAUAGCAAGAAGUUGCAGUUGACAGCUAUGGCUGAUGAAGGAAACACUGUGCCCCAUUCUGAUGUGAUUCAGGAGAAGCCAAAGAAGUUGCAAUAUUCCUCUGAUAAUGUUUUCUCUAUUGGCUGUGAUCCGAGUUUCUUUAAUUCAUUAAUAUCACCCCCACAAAAGAUGACUUGCCAUCACUGUGGUCUCUUUGGAUCUCUGAGGUGUUCACAAUGUAAGCAGAUAUACUAUUGUUCUACAAACUGCCAGAAGAAAGAUUGGCAAACACAUGGUGUUGUAUGCAAGCCAAUUAAGCAGGAUAUAAACAGUAACAGUGGAGGCAAGCCAACUGCUAAAGCCAAGAAGAAAGUUUAUCUUAAGGGUAAUUCAGUGUCCGUGGAUUCCCUGAAGAUGGAAGAACACAUCCAGAAAGUAAUGCUUUCAGAUCUCCAAACUCUAGGGCUGAAGAAAGCUAUGGAAAUACAGGGUAUAGUAACAGAGUUCAGGAAUCCAAGUGAAUUUUAUGUCCAGAUAAGUUCUCCAGAUGUUUUAGACAAUAUCAAUAAAAUUUCUGUGAAACUGCAAGACUGUUAUGCUGAUACGGUUAUUCAAGAAGAAUAUAUCCCUAUCAAAGGGGAAGUCUGCGUUGCAAAAUAUUCUUUGGAUCAGACCUGGAAUAGAGCACUGGUAAAAGAUGUGGAUGUAUUGCAAAAGAAAGCCCGGAUAUUCUACAUUGAUUACGGAAAUGAAGAAAAUAUUUCACUCUCCAGGAUUAAAGCACUCCACAAAGACAUUGAACGAUUUCCUCCAUGUGCCAUUAAGUGUUCGCUUGCUAAUUGCAAUCCAACACAAGAAGGAUGGAAUGAGGGCAUCACCAGCUUUUUCCCUCAGUUCACAGGAAAACACUGUUCAGUAACUGUUGUUGACAUAUUACAGGAAGAAAUGAUGCUGAGUUUUGCUGUGGAUGUUGUUCUUCCAGAUUCUAGGAAAUGUCUAGAUGAAGUACUGCUAGAAGUGAGUUCUGAUUUAACUCCAAAGAGCAGUGCCACAGACUGUGUGUGUGUGUUAGAAAACCAUUCUAAAAGAAGUAAAGACAAAAUACCUGAAGAUAAAGAACCACUUCACACUGCUGAUUCAGUUGCAAAGUGUAUCUCUGUAUGUAUUGGUGAUGCAUUUGCUGGUGUGGUUUCCCAUGUUCAAACUCCAGAAAAUUUUUUCUGUCAGCAGAUGCACAAUGGACAUCAUCUUGCUGAGCUUCAAGCAUCUCUUGGUGAAUAUUGUGAUAAAAUUCCCAGUAUCCCAGAUUUCCGUCCUGCUGUUGGAAAUGUGUGCUGUGCCCAAUUCACAGAAGACAAUCUUUGGUAUCGUGCUGCCGUCCUAACAUACGCUUCUGAAGAUACUGUUCUGGUGGGUUAUAUAGAUUAUGGUAAUUUUGAAGUUCUUCACCUGACUAGACUUCGUCCUAUGAUUCAAAGAUUAAUGGACCUUCCAGUUCAAGCUAUAAGAUGUACUUUGGCAGGUAUAAAGCCACUGAUGGGAUCCUGGACCUCAGAAGCUAUUUCCCUUAUGAAACAACUGGUGCAAGAAAAAGUGUUCACAGUAAAAGUAGUUGAUAAAAAAAGUAAUACCUCUGUAGUGGAGCUUAUAGAUGCAUCAGUUACUGCAGUAAAAAGUGUAUCAAACUAUCUCAUAGAAAAAGGCUGUGCAGCUGAGGAAUCAAAGAUGGCCUUGCCUGCAAUUGAAAUGAGUGAUGUUAAGGAGGAGACAAAUGAGGAUACAACAAACAAAAACAUUUGGAUGUGGAGUAAAUUAACUCUUAAACAAACAGUAGAUGUCAUAGUGUGUACCCUGUACAACCCUGGAGAAUUCUACUGUCAGAUUUCAAAUAGCAGUGAGCUACUUGCUCUAAACUCACUUAACAAAUCACUGUCUGAAUACUGUCAAAAAACUCCACCAAGUGUUUUUAAGCCUAAGAAUGGAGAACCUUGCUGUGCUUUUUUCUCUGCUGAUGGUAACUGGUACCGUGCUUUGGUGCAAAACGUUACUUCGGAUGGAGCUGUUAAAGUAUGCUUUGUGGACUAUGGAAAUGUUGAGGAGGUGCCACUGGAUAAAAUUCGUCAGAUUUCAUCCUCAUUCCUCAAACUCCCAUUUCAAGGAAUUAAAUGCUGGCUUUCAGGUAUAAAGCCUGUUAACAGCAAAUGGAUCCCAGAAGCUACAGCAAGAUUUCAUAUGUAUGUUGCAGGGAUAAAGCUUCAAGCCAGAGUAGUUUCCUUUUCCAGAGAUGGGGCAGGUGUAGAGCUCAUUGACAAUUCCACAGGUUGUCCGAAAGUGAUCAAUGAGAUGUUAACUUGUGAACAGUUGGCUGUAAAGGAGGUUUUACAAGAUAAAAAUAAGUGUCCAAAUAAAUUUGUUGACAAAAAAGAAACCUCACAUGGGCAGUGGAAGUCAGUAAAAUUGGCUAUAGAUGAAACCUUAUCUGUCUGUGUAACAGAAGUCAUAAGUCCAGACUUGUUCUAUGCUGUACCAAUUCAAACUAGAGAUCAAGAGACACCACAAAUGCAGUUUGUUGACCUGGAAGAGUAUUGCAAAUCUUGUAAGAAGCAGCCCUUUAAACCCAAAGUGGAUGAAGUCUGUUGUGCAAAGUUUUCAGGUGAUGGCCGCUGGUACAGAGCUCUUGUUCUAAAAGUUUCUCAGUCUUUAGUGAAAGUACUAUAUGCAGACUAUGGGAAUACAGAAACUUUACCAGUUUCGAGCGUGCUGCCAAUCACUGAUUCCUACUUGAAGCUGCCUUUUCAGAUAAUUAAAUGUUCACUUGCAGGAAUAAAGAAAGCUGAGUGGCCUCCAUUAUUACUAGAUAUGUUAAAAGAAAUGUUGCUGAAUAAAUACGUCACAAUUACAGUGAAAGGGAUUAGUGGGAAUGUUAAUUUAGUAACAGUGGAGAAACUCUCUGAAAAUGGUAAUCUGAAUGUAGCUGACAAACUAGUGAUGGAAGGCUUGGUCAAAUACUGCAGUACUGAAAACUCGCAUGCUCUACAUCAAGGCUGUGGGAGUGAUACCAAAUGCUGCUGCGCAGAAUUGAGAAUGAAACUUAAGAAGCAUGAGCAGAUUCUCCUCUUUCUUUUAAACAAAUAUGGGAAUUGUGAUGGAUUCAGUGAAAUGAAAAAACUGUUGGAUUGUUAA